AUGUAUCUCGACCUUCUACUCAACCUCACCAUUGAUUCAACUCCACCCCUCGUCUUCAUGAAAUCCUCCUUUAGUAGGUUCAGAACCGUGUUGAUAUCCGUCUCAAUUAUUGAUCAUUGUUCUAAAAUCUUGUACUUAUCCUCAUCGUUCGGUCUAGUCUGGAGCCAUAAUGUAGGCGUCACCAAAUUCGACUAUCGUGCAACAU